ACCUUCGUUAUCCACUUGGCUCUGAACCAUGCUCACCCUUCACUUUCUCUCCUGCUCAUCUCUAUCCCUUCCUCAAACCCUCUUCCAUGGCCAACGCCUCACCCUUCGCCCCCUCAUUUCCCCGUAAUUACCUCCUUACCCCUACCCCUCCAUCUUCCCGCCCUCUCCUCCCCCACACUCUUUACCAUGCUGCCGCUGCUGCUGCUCAUCCCAUCUCAUCGUCAUCGUCAUCCGUUAAUGCACUAGGAAAGAAUUACCAUUACCAUUCUGUCCCUCGACGAGCAACGACGACGUGCAAGGCGUCGGAGGUGUCGUCGUCCUCUGUUGCCGAAGCGUCCUCGGAGAACUGGGUGCCGGUGGUGCCGCUGGCGGCGCUGCCCAAGGGCGAGCGGCGCGUGAUAGUUCAGGACGGAGAGGCCAUACUGUUGCUCUGGUACAAAGACCAAGUCUUCGCCAUUGAGAAUCGCUCACCGGCCGAAGGAGCUUACACUGAGGGCCUCCUCAAUGCCAAGCUCACUCAGGAUGGGUGUAUAGUGUGCCCAUCAACUGAUAGCACAUUUGAUCUGCGGACUGGUGCCAUUAAGGAAUGGUACCCCAAAAACCCGGUGCUGAGAGCUCUCACACCGGCUUUGAGGACUCUUUAUGUUUAUCCUGCCAAGACUGAUGAAAAGAACAUCUACAUUAGCCUCGAACCCGGCACCGUAAAUUCUGAUGCAGCUGCCGAGAUUGUGUUCAGUGGCAAGGCUCAACCUGGUGUCACUGCUUCGGAUGUCAAUAUCGAGGAGGUGAAAAUGGUGGUUGAUGAGGGCUUAGAAGGAGGGGCUUUUGGUUUCACAAUGAGGAAUGAAAUAAUAAAUGGGAAGGCAGCUACGAUUGGGUUCCUCCUGUUAUUAGAUUUUGAGCUCUUGACUGGUAAAGGUCUUCUUAAGGGAACUGGCUUCUUGGACUUUAUUUAUUCUGUCUCAAAUGCUCUCCAGUAGAACAAAGUUGUGCAUGGAAGGUGAACUAAAGUGGGUGUUUACUCAGUUAUCAUAAUAUCAUACACAUGAGAUAUACAUUUUGAUGUUUAAGUUCCUUUUGAUUGAUUUGUAAAAGUGUGGAUAUGCUUGAUUAAAUAUGUUAUUGUAAAGUUUCUGGAAAUUAUACCACAUAGAUCUAUGAUUUUGUUC